AUGGCUCUUGUUAAUGCUAACAACAUAGAACAAACCGUCGAAAACAAUCCGAUCAAUUAUAUCGAAGAAUCAGCAGGACCAGAAGCGAUUUAUAACAAACGCGAAACAGGCAAUGCUGUUAUCAACGAUGAUAAACAAGAUCAGUAUCUUGAAAAAAUAGUUAAACAAAGCACCAGAAAAUCUAGAGCAAGAAAAGAAGUUGAUGAACAAGAUCCCGCAAAAUCAUUUUUGGAAAAAUGGAAAUUUAAAGAUCCAGGAAUAUGUUGUGUGUGUCUUGAGGGUGCAACUGAUGUAGGAAAUAUGUUGGUGUAUUGUGAUGGACAGAAAUGCGAGGUUAUAUGUCAUCAAGAAUGUCAUGGUAUAAAAAACUUACCUUCUACAGAUGAUCCUUGGUAUUGUGACAAAUGUCUUGCAAAACCAUCUGAAGUGGUGUCAUGUAUUUUAUGUCCGAAAAAAACUGGAGCAUUUCGCCGAUUACAUGAAGAAGAUGAUUUCAAAACGAAUUCAUGGGUUCAUUUGGUUUGUGCUUUAUGGAUGCCAGGAAUGUGGAUUGCCAAUAUUCAAAAAUUAAACGAGUGUUCGAUUGCUAAUAUCGAAAAAGAAAAUUGGAGAAAAGAAUGUUGUAUAUGUCCUAGAGAACUUUCUAGUCAAGGUGCUGCUGUUAGUUGUGAUGCAAAUGGUUGUGAAAACUGGAUUCAUGUAACAUGUGCUCAUGCUUAUAACCUUCUCGAGUAUGAUGAUAACUCUGAAACGUCAGAUUCUUUUUUUGUUUAUUGUAAAGAUCAUUGUUCACAAGCUGGAGCAGUUCAUCUGAAUAAAUGGGAAAUGUGGAUUCUAGAACGUGACAAUUUUUUAGAUAAUGCUAAAUCUGAAGUAUUACAGAAAAGAAAUGAUCAACUCAGAAAUGGGUUAACAGAUCAAGAAAAGAUACUUAGAGAAAUCUUUGAGGAUAAAUAUUUUGAGUACCAGAAAUAUCGAGAGAAACGAAUAAUUAACCUUAAAGAAAAUUUGAGAUUUAGAGUAGAAAAAUUCGUUGAAAGGAUGAGUGAAAAGGAUGUUGCUGAUGAUAAAAAUCAAAAUAUUGACAGCAAUGCCAAUAACAAUAAUGAAGAUAGUAAGAGAAAUGAUGUUGAAAUAAAACAAUACGCCGAGUGUUCAACUUACAAAGAAGCGGAAAUUCAAAUAAGAAAUGGUCUGUUAACAAAAUCAAUGAAUGAGAUUCAACAAUCGCUUGCUAAAUUACCAGACUCGUUAUUAGGUUGGAAUAGCAAUUGUGUGGAAGAAGCAAAGAAUAUUGAUGUUAAAGGGUUAGAUUUUAAAGAAAUCGAAACAUUGAGAUUAGAUAAUGCACAAAAAAUUCUUGUUCAAAGACAAAACGAACAUGAACAACAAAUUGAAAAAGGCAAAAGAACAAUAAUUCCUAACACUAAUAAGAUUAGUAACAGCCUAAUAGGUAUUGAUAUGUUUGGUUCAACAGACGGUAUUAUUAAUGCAUUUCACACCAGCAUUAAUAUCACCAAUGAAAUUCUUGGGAAAAUGCCUCCAAAGAAACCAUCAGUAGAAAAAAGGAAAAAAAGCGCAAGUGUUUCAGAUUUUUUACUACAACAGUUAACAAGUACAUAUCCACAACAUAUAUGUUUCAAGUGCAAUAACAUUGGACCUCCAGAUAAUUGUCAUUUAAUUUCAAAUCUUAAAAGUGGACAUAUUCCAAGAUGUGAAAAGUGUGAUCCAACUAAUACAGAUGGUAAUGGUAGUACAAUUGAUUCACUUGAUGAAUUUAUUAUUAAAGAUAAACAAGGAAAAGAGAAAAAAGCUGGAAUAGAUCAUAUUGCUCCAAAAAAAACGGAAACCGUAUUCAUAGGAAAAUAA